AUGCUUGUUGAACCAGUGGUGAGGAGCAUGUCCGCACAGCGACUAGCAAUCGACCUGGCCGCGGUGCUGGGCGUCUUGACAAUCGCCUACACCCUUUACAACCGCUUUGUGCACCCGCUUCGGCGCAUCCCAGGGCCUUUUCUGGCAUCUAUCACACCCUGGGUACAGCUUUACCAUGGAUUGAAGGGAGAUCGGCAUCUGUGGCUGCACGCACAACACAAGAAAUACGGCACGCAUGUACGAGUUGCGCCGAACUUUGUUUCGGUUAACUCGGACAAGGGGCUUCAUGAUAUCUAUGGACAUGGAAAAAGGUUGCAGAAGGCAGAUUUCUACAAUGCCUUCCCCGCGAUCAAGGGCGUGUACAACACUCACAAUGCGAUCGACAAGACGACGCAUGGACGCAAGCGGCGUGUGCUCAGCCAGGCAUUCUCAGAGAAUGCGCUGAAGGGUAUGGAGGAUGUAAUGCUCUUGCAUGUGCGACAGCUCUGUGCAGUCUUGGCCGGAUUCGAUGAGAAGGAUGAGAGAAAAGGCGAUGAUCGUAAAGGUGUCGUGCGCAACAUGGGCAAUUGGUUCAGCUACCUCUCCUACGACGUGAUGGGCGAACUGUGCUUUGGAAAGAGUUUUGACAUGCUCAUUGGAGAUACUCGACGACACAUGAUCGGGCUGGUUGAUCGCGCUGCAAAUCGACACUACUGUGGACUGUGGAUGCCUUUGGACCGCUGGCAUCUCGAUCAGGUUUUCAUUCGACAGCUCACGCAAGACCGAUGGAACUUCAUCAUGAACUCGCGUGUCGAGGCUAACAAGCGGGCUCAAGAACGUGCCUUGGCCGGUCGCGAAGCCAAGAAAGACUUCUUCUACUAUCUGCUCAAUGCAAAGGAUCCCGAGACAGGCAAGGGCCUCAGCACACCCGAGCUGUGGGGUGAGGCCAACGUGCUCAUGAUUGCGGGAAGCGAUACUACUUCGACUACAUUGGCAGCUACACUGUUCUACCUGGUUCGGUCCCCGGCUGCUCUGGCCAAGGUUUGCGCCGAAGUACGUGGCGCCUUCAACGAGGUUGAGGAGAUCAUAAGUGGCGCACAGCUCAACGAGCUCGGCUAUCUGAAAGCAUGCAUCGACGAAGCUCUGCGCCUCGCACCAGCCGUCCCAGGUGCGCCACCGCGCGAGGUCAUGGAAGGAGGAGCCGUCGUUGACGGCGUCUUCCUGCCCGCAGGCACAGACUGCGGCACGCCUGUCUACUCGAUCCACCGUCAGGAGCAGUACUACCGAUCUCCAGAGGAUUACAUUCCCGAGCGUUGGAUUGAGGGCGCCACUUGCGCAUCAUCGGGUGCAUCGUGGACGACUAGCAAGGAAGAAAUCGAGACCGCGCGUCGCGCGUUCUGUCCGUUUAGUAUUGGACCACGCGGGUGCAUUGGAAAGAGCAUGGCGUUUAUGGAGAUGCGCCUGACAUUGGCGCGACUUUUCUUCCUCUUUGACAUGUCGCUGGCUGACCGUCAAGGUGAGGAUGCUGGGGGCCAUUUGGCGCUGGUGGACCACUUCACCAGUGCGAAGAAUGGACCAAACCUAACUGUGACGUUCGUGCAAUCGACUGUCCUGAAUGCCCUCUCUAACGUCCUGGCGCAGCUGAUUGACCAGCGCAACAAGACUGUACGAUUUACACCAAACGCAUACAACGUCAGCUAA